GAAGCCAACCCCCUUCGCUGUUUCUUCCAACCCAUUCCCAAAUCCCCUCGCUCUUCUCCUCUCCCAACGCCGCCGACUCCGUCCGUAUCCAGAGGAGGGGGAAUCAUGGGAUCGGUGGGGGAACCGGUGGCGAGUCCGAACACCUUUCCCGUCCGCCCCUCGCCCUUCCGCUACAACUCUCCGCUGGCCCAAGUGAGCCUGAUCGGGCUGGUGUGCUUCUGCUGCCCCGGCAUGUUCAACGCGCUAUCCGGCAUGGGCGGCGGCGGCCAGGUCGACCACACCGCCGCCAACAACGCGAACACCGCACUCUACACGACCUUCGCUGUAUUCGGCGUCCUCGGCGGCGGCUUCUACAACCUCCUCGGCCCCCGCCUCACCCUGUUCGCCGGCUGCUCGACCUACGCCCUCUACGCCGGCUCCUUCCUCUACUACAACCAUUACCAACACCAACUCUUCGCGAUCCUCGCGGGUGCGAUCCUUGGCAUCGGCGCUGGCCUCCUAUGGGCUGGCCAGGGCGCCAUCAUGACCUCCUACCCGCCGCCGGAGCGCAAGGGCACCUACAUCUCCCUAUUCUGGGCCAUCUUCAACAUGGGCGGCGUUUUCGGCGGCCUCAUCCCCUUCUUUCUCAACUACCACCGAACCGACGCUCGCUCCGUCAACGACGGCACCUACAUCGCCUUCAUGUGCUUCAUGGCUGCCGGCGCCCUUCUCUCCCUCGGCAUCCUGCCCCCCUCCCGCGUCAUCCGAGACAACGGCACCCGCGCCACCGCCGUCGCCUACUCCGACGUCAGCACCGAGGCCGUCGAGAUCCUGAAGCUAUUCGCCGACCGGCGGAUGCUGCUCAUCGUGCCGGCGGCGUGGGCCAGCAACUUCUUCUACAGCUACCAGUUCAACAACGUGAACGGCCUCCUCUUCACCCUGAGGACCAAGGGGCUCAACAACGUCUUCUACUGGGGCGCGCAGAUGGUCGGCUCGCUGGCCAUCGGCUACGUGCUGGACUUCAGCUUCAGGAGCCGGCGGACGAGGGGGUACGUGGGGAUCACGGUGGUGGCGGUGCUCGGGACCGCCAUCUGGGCCGGCGGGCUCGCGAACCAGCUGCGGUACACCGACGGCGUGUGGCAGGACGAGCUCGACUUCAAGACCUCCGGUGCCGACUACGCGGGACCGUUCGUGCUCUACUUCAGCUACGGCUUGCUGGAUGCCAUGUUCCAAAGCCUGUGCUAUUGGAUGAUCGGCGCGCUGGCCGACGACUCCCAGACUCUUAGCAGGUACAGCGGAUUCUACAAGGGAGUGCAGAGCGCGGGUGCCGCAGUUGCUUGGCAGGUCGACACGCACAAGGUCCCCCUGCUAUCGCAGUUGAUUGUGAACUGGUCUCUCACCACGGUGAGCUACCCAUUACUAGCUGUCUUGGUGAUGCUAUUUGUGAAAGAUGGAAACACGGCCGAGGACGGCGAGAGCGACCAUCCAAAAGUCAUGAGCUCCUAAAGCUUGUGGAUAACGCUCAUAGACUGGCUUUUGUACGUAUACCUGUUGUUUUAGUUUAGCAACUCUGCUAUUCAUGUUGUUCCUCUGUCAGUCAACUUGUUAGGAGGAGAGCAUGGGAUAUGGUUCAAAGAUUUCACGACUGUGAAAUUGUGUACUCAGUCCUUUGGUAUGUUCUACUAAUAAAUUAUAUAUCAUUUUCAGAAUCA